GAGACCCCGGCGCGCCCGCCGUCAGCCUCGGGCCACCACCCAGGGGCAGCCCCCGACUCACCUCCUCUCCCUGACCCGACCCUGGUGACUGGACCCUCAGCCCUGCGCAAAGCCACAGACUCUUCAGAGCUCCUCCUGGCCUCCUGCCUGCCUGCCCCCAUGAAGAAAACCAACAUGUGGUUCUUGGAGCGUCUUCGGGGGUCCGGGGAAAAUGUCAGCCCUGGGAGUGAGGCAGGGGACAAGGGAUCCAAGGGACCCCUAUACAGCAAUGUGCUCACACCCGACAAGAUCCCUGACUUCUUCAUACCCCCCAAGCUGUCUGCUGGCCCCCCAGAUCCCGAGGGGCAGGCAGAGCUGGGCCCCACACCAUCGGAUCAGAACCUGGCCUUGGGGACACCCCGCCGAGCCCCCAGGAGCCCCCGGCUGCCUGCCAAGCUGGCCGCUGAGAGCAAGAGCCUGCUGAAGGCAGCCACGCGGCACGUGAUCCAGAUCGAGAGUGCGGAGGACUGGCCAGGGGAGGAGGCGGCCACCAACGCAGACCCUCAGGCCCAGGGCGCUAUGUCCCUGCCCUCUGUGCCCAAGGCCCAGACGUCGUAUGGCUUUGCCACACUGGCAGAGAGCCCCCACACACGGCGCAAGGAGUCCCUGUUCCACAGCGAGCAUGGAGCCCUGGCUCAGGUGGGGUCCCCAGGUGCUGGGCGCCGUCGGGGGGGUCCCAAGGCCAAUGGGGGAGAUGGGGUGCCCAGGGAGGCUGGUGGGGCCCUCAUGAGCCCCAGCCGCUACUUCAGUGGUGGGGAGAGUGAUACAGGGUCAUCGGCCGAAUCCUCUCCCUUUGGGUCCCCUCUGCUCUCUCGCUCUGUGUCACUGCUGAAAGGCUUUGCCCAGGACAGCCAGGCCAAAGUGAGCCAGCUCAAGCACUCGGCGGGCCGCCACAGCUCCCUAUCUGCUGAGGACAGUGCACCAGACGCCAGCCCUGGGGCUCGACGCCGUUUGACCCGCAGGGCCACCCCAGAGCCAGGCCCCGAGACUGGCCAGGUGCCCCGUGCAGAGCACGCCGUGCGGAUGGGCCCUCGGGGCAGCGUUCGGCUGCUGGCGGAGUACGAUGCAGCCCAGGCCCGCCUGCGGGUGCGCCUGCUGGCCGCCGAGGGCCUCUAUGACCGUCUGUGUGAUGCCCACAGCAUCAACUGCUGUGUGGGCCUGUGCCUGGUCCCUGGCAAGCUGCAGAAGCAGCGCAGCACCAUCAUCAAGAGCAGCCGCCACCCCAUCUUCAAUGAGGACUUCUUUUUCGAUGGCCUAGGGCCGGCCAGCGUCCGGAAGCUGGCCCUCAGGAUCAAGGUGGUCAACAAGGGCGGCAGCCUCAAGCGGGACACGCUGCUUGGGGAGAAGGAGCUGCCGUUGACCUCCCUGCUCCCUUUCUUGUGAAGGCCCCUCCCUCCCGAGGGUGCAGAAGGAAGACCCCACCACCCCUCCCACCCAGGUCCCCUUGGGCA